AUGUCUGUCGACGAAACGCCCCUCACUGCCUCGGCCCACGAGCGCCGCAACUCCCUGGAGAAGCAUCUGCAGACUCGCCCAGACAUGCAGGACCUCAAGAAUCGCCAUAUCCUGCUGGACACUAACGUGGCGCCAGCCCUCCAAGCCACCCGCCAGGACCUCGCCCGCCAGCGCGCUUCGGACAACCUGAAGAAGAACCUGGAAAAGAGACCUGGAAGGGACGAGCUGGUGGAGCGUAUAUACCCCUUUUCUUUUGAUCCUUUUCUUUCUGCGUCUAUUCUCUUCUGCUUGAUUCGCAGAGAUGGGAUCAAGUAUCUGGCACUAACGAGCUCAGGAAACAUCCUGCCCGCCACGAACGCCGCCCCGGCCCUACAGGCUCAUGCGCGAGAACUGGAAAAACAAAUGCUGGCAGACAACUUGGAGCACAGAAUUCAGAAUCGCCCGCAGCCCGAGGAUCUCAUUUCGCAGGGCAUUUUAUCCGAGGAUGAAGAUCCGCGCUCGGCAUGA